AUGGAUGCCACAGCCCUUCAUUAUGAAAACCAGAAGUUGGUGCAGCAAUUGGAAGCACAGAAGUCUGAAAUGCAUGUGUUGGAAGCUAAGUUCAAGGAGUUGAGGAAUGAACAAUCUUCUUAUGACAAUACUUUGAUUUCCCUGGAUAAGAUGUGGAAUCAGCUUGUUGAUGAUUUAAUCUUGCUUGGAGUUCGAUUUGGUGGCGGUUUGAAUAAUUUGCCUGCACUUGACCAUGAAGAGUUGUCAGAAGAAUCUAUCGAGUCAUGUCCUUCUGAGGAAAUUUUUCUCUUCAUGCUCUUGAAGUCCAACAAUUAUGGAAAAAAGGACGACAAUAGCUUGUUGGAAUUCGCUGAAGAAGCUCUUGCUUUGCGCCGUUCGGCAACUCUUGCUCUGAUGAGGUCCCUUCAAGAGGCUAUUGCUGCACAACAGGCUAGAAGUGAAUAUUUGUCAUUAGCUUUAAAUGGAGAGAAGUCAAAUGAAGAUGUUGUUGUUGCCCUCCAAAACCACAAUGAUCACUUGAAAGAGGUGGUUGGCAAUGUCCGUGAAGCUAUUUCUAUCGUCAAUGGGAAGCAUAAAAGGUAUCUGGAUGAGAUUGAGGCUUUCAAAAGCAGCUACUCAAAAGAAUUGCAGGAAAUCAAGCAUCUUUCAGGAGAGCUAGAGGAAACCAUGGCAGAGCUUGAGGAAAGUCGACGGAAGUUGGUUAUUCUCCAGUUGCAGAGGCAUGGAAGUUCGCUAAUGAACAUGUCUGGUCCAAACGCUGUGAAUGGUGCUGUUUCGGCUGAUAAAUCUUCAGAUGAAAACAUGGGCUGGGGAGAUCUUAAAGAUGCUGUUGACGAAGCUAAGACCCUUGCAGGAAACCGCCUGCUUGAACUCCAUGAGACUCAAGAGGAUAAUCUAAUACUGUCUAACCAGUUAGAAGAUCUGCAGGCUCAGUUAAAAGAUGAUAACUAUAUUUUCACAUCAAAACCAUAUACAAUUCUUAGCGACAAGUUACAUCAUAUGAAUGCUGAGAUAGAACGAUACAAGGGUUUGGUUGAAGUAUUACAGAAUGAUAAGAACCAGUUCUUGCAAAGGGAGAAAGAAAUGUGUGCAAAAGGAGAAUCCGUCGACAAUAUUGAACAAUCCAUUACCGCUUAUGAGGCCAAAAUCGAAGAACUGGAACAUCAGAUUCUGAAAUCCAUGGCUGAGAAGAAUGAUCUUGAGAUCAAAGUUGAGGAAUCAUUGCAAGAUUCAGGUAAAAAAGACUUCAAGGAUGAGAUUCAUGUCAUGGCUGCAGCACUCUCUAAAGAGAUGGAAAUGAUGGAGAAUCAAUUGAAUAGAUCAAAGGAUGCGGCUUCUGAAGCACUUGCAUUACGUGAAGAAGCUGAAUCGUUGAGAACCUUGUUAGCUAAGAAGAUCAGUGAGCAGAAGGAAAUAUCUGAUAGAUACAACGCACAAGUCUCUGAGAUCAAGUCCCUCAAAGAAUUGAUUGAGACGUUGGAAAAGGAAAAUCAGGAGUUGGAAUUUAUUGUGGAUAUGUAUGGGAAAGAAUGUUCUGAGUCGAGGACAAUUACAGAGAUCAAGGAAUCAGAAAAUCGAGCUCGCAAGCAGGCUGAAUAUUUGAGAACUAGUCUAGAGGAGCAUAGUCUUGAGCUUCGUGUAAAAGCAGCAAAUGAAGCCGAAACUGCAUGCCAGAGAAGGCUUUGCAUUGCUGAAGCAGAACUGGAAGAGUUAAGGACCGAUGUAGAUGCAUCUGAAAGAGAUGUUCUGGAACUCAAGGAGGCAAUAAGAAUUAAAGAAGCGGAAGGAGAUGCUUAUAUCUCUGAAAUUGAGACAAUUGGUCAAGCAUAUGAAGACAUGCAGACACAAAACCAGCAUCUUCUUCAACAGGUUGCCGACAGAGAUGAUUUUAACAUAAAGCUAGUAUCAGAUAGUGUGAAGACAAAGCAAGCCUCUGCUUCCCUUCUCUCUGAAAAGCAUUUGUUACAGAAGCAACUCCAUCAGGUUAACAGUUCACUGGAGUCAUCUAAACAAAAACUCUCCCGUGGUGAAGAGCAGAUGAAAGCCUAUGUCGCACAAGCUAUAAAAACUUCUUCAGAGAACAGGCAUCAUGCAAUUACCAUUGAAAAGACUCUGCUGGAGGUAUCUGAAGCAGAGAAGGAGCUCAAGUGGCUUCGGUCCGCCGUUGGAUCCUCUGAGAAAGAAUAUGAGCAAAACCAGAAAAAAAUAGCUGAGCUCAGAACGGAGCUGGAGCGUGAGAGAAGCGAGAAGAGAAAGCUCGAGGAAGAAUACGAGGAGGUGAAGAAUGAAGUCGCGGAGCUGACCUCCGAGAACGAAGAGGCUACUAUCCAGAAGCUCCAGGACGAGAUAAAAGAAUGCAAGGCUAUUCUCAAGUGUGGCGUGUGCUUUGACCGACCCAAAGAGGUUGUGAUCACCAAAUGCUUCCAUCUAUUCUGCUCAACAUGUAUCCAGAGGAACCUUGAGCUACGCCACCGGAAGUGCCCAGGCUGUGGCACCCCUUUCGGGCAAAACGACGUGCGAGAGGUGAAGAUCUGA